AUGCCCAUCGUCGCCAAUGACUUCCCCGAAUUCGUCUCCAUCUAUUCCGCCACGCUGAAAAAGUUCACCGGGGCGCGGGUCGACCCCUACACCCGCUAUGUAGCCUACGUGCUGUUCCGCGACCUGGGCAUUUCGGUGCACGGCCAGAGAAACAUCAACAAUGCCCUCGCCAACCUGCCGGUGUACCAGUCCGUGGCGCCGGGCGACAAGCUAUCGUUCGGCUGGGGGUUGGCGAAUGUGAUCCGAGACAAGGCUGUGCACGAAGGCUCGUACGAACAUCUGGCCAUGAUGGUGGCCUUGGGCGAGAGUUUCUACGAGAGCUAUGCCGCCAAAGUCCUCCAACAGAUGGCUCUCGCUGCGGCAGGCCCGGAGGAUGUCACGCCUCACUUUUCGCAGUGGAAAGCCGCCGUUCACGCGUGCAAUGGAGUGUUCGCUUCGGCAGACUUUGGACUCUUGGUUGAAGAGUACCUGCGACUGGAUCCGUACGCCAUUCGGACCGUCGAUACCGUCGAGUCCAUCCUGCCUCCGAAGCUGGUUGCCGACGCACUCCAGGCUUUGAUGCGCGUCACCGCAGGCCACGAGAAAAGUGUGGUCUUGACCGGAGGGGCCGUCAUCUCCUGGUUUGGAGCCAUAGCAGAAUGGCUGUGCGAUCUUCGAAUCGCCGUCUACCAGGCCAACGGAGCACGCCUCCACGCCACUCAUCCAGACCAAGACGCUCAGCUGAAUCUCGUGUAUGUUCAAGAACCGGCGAUCCGGGUUUCCUUCGAGCCGUUCGCGCACGACCAAGUCACGGUCGCGGAGUUGAGUCUGGUGGAUCAAACAUACUCUUCUGCGGUUCACGCUACGCCCUUUGGAGGUCGGCUUCCAUGGCAGUCCCUCCUACCUCGAGUCUUCGGCAAGAGCUUCCACUACUUGGAUCAUGAGCACUCCAAGGCUUUCGGACUCAUGAUCGGGAGUGCGGCCAGGAUGUUCGAAGGGUUGGCUUUGGGCCAAGGCCACGAAGAGCACGGCGCCUUGGUGUCGACGCAGAACCGAGGCAACACGGCGUCGUACGGUGUCGGUUUGGUCGAGACCAUCACCAACUGGCUGCCAGAGCUCAGGGGCUUCCAAGGGCGAAUGGAAAGACCGCUGAAACUGUCGCACCCGGACGCGGCAGCUUCAUACGUCGAGCACUUGAGCAAGAUAAGGCAGGCAUGCCACUGUGGCAUUUGUACCUCAAAGGAGGCGCUGGGAAAAGAGCAAGAAGGGCUUCCGCCGCCUCACGGCUAUUGUCUCGCCGUCCUGGUGGAAAGCGUGAUCGCGCUCGGACUCUGCCUCUCGAGGAUGACCGUCUCAGCACGGCUGUACCCAACACGCUCCGGCAUUCAAAGCUUCUAUGCCAGCCAGGUCUCCAAGAGACUGGAGGCGCGCGGCAUGCACUGGACCGAGCAUUUCAAGAUCGUCUACGGCAACGAGUGGAACGCUCCGGAUGCCCGUCGACUCAUCAAUUCCGUGCAGAUCUUUGCCGGCUCCAGGCCGGGCAGAGACGUGCCGGACAACUUGGUCGCGCUGUCACACGAAGGGACUUGUGCGUACUUUGUGACACUGGAAAAGUCGUCCAAAGCAGAACAAGAGCAGCAGCAGGUCAAGCUGGUACGGGCCGUGAGCGGCGCCAUCAACGUCCACGAAAAGGUGUUUGACAGGGCAUGUCUGGGACCCGUGGAAGACGCCGACCCAGAUGAUCCAUGGGAAGAGGUUGAAUAUGAACACUUGUCGGAACCAUUGUACUGUAAAUAA